AGGUCAGUGCAAAACAGACUGAGAAGCAAGCAUAUAAAAGGGUGGACUUGAUAUGCCAGGGUGAGCUAGGUUGAGCAGACUGUUGCCACAAUGCUGCACAGCUUUCUGCUUUUUUAUGUGCUUGGACAACAGGCACUUGGGAGUGAAAUCAUAAAUGGGAAUGAAGCCCCUGAGAACACACUGCUGUACAUGGCAUCCCUGCAGGUAAAUGGCCGUCAUAAAUGUGGAGGAUUCCUCGUCAGGAAAGACUUUGUAAUGACUGCUGCGCACUGUGAUGGGGAUAGGGUUGUUCUUGGCACCCACAAUCUCCACAAGUCUGGUAAAACAGUGAGACACAUUGUAAAGAGGUACAGAUACCCAGGUUAUGAUGGUGCAGGAAAUGGGAAGGACAUCAUGCUCCUCAAACUGUCUAGAGAAGUACAACUGGGCAACAGUAUGCAACUUGCUAAACUUCCCAGGUCUGCAAUAAACAUAAAGGACAAUGAGCAGUGCCGUGUAGCUGGAUGGGGUUACACUAGAACCAAUGGUAAUGUUGUUGAUGACCUGAGAGUGGUUGAUGUGUCCAUCAUUAACCCACAAGUCUGUAAGAGGGAAUGGCCUAGACUUCCUGCCAAUGUCAUCUGUGCAGGUGGAUAUGGCACAAACAAAGGAUUCUGUCAGGGUGAUUCUGGUGGCCCUCUGGAGUGCAACGGGAUAGUUGUUGGUAUUGUGUCUUUCAACAAUGCCUACAUCUGUGACUACCCAGAUUUUCCCAACAUCUACACAGACAUCUCCAAAUACCUUCCCUGGAUCAACCAGAUUCUGAGGAGUAAAGAUUGAAAAUGUAAAAUUCUUGCACAAAGCUUUGCUUCAGCAUACUUGAACUGUAUUAGUAAAGUGAUGUUGCUCUGUCAGUGUUUGCUCUUCAACACAAAAUAUUUCAAAUAAAAAAAAAAAUCUUUCAUCAGAAGACACA